UGAUGGGGGAAGGGGUUAUGGGAUAUAUAAGGAAAGGGGGGGAUGGGUAGGGUCAAGGAAAGGCGCGGUUGGAUUACGCAAGGAGUUAUAGUUUGGGCUGUUGUAACUCGGGAAGUCAUGCGCCAGCGGGUCCCCGGGUUACGACAGAUACGGUCCGAGGCGGUCGCGGAGGGAAGAGUUUUUAGUGGGUGAAAGUCCCACACUAUCUCAUCACACCGGGUGGUGAGGUGUGCAUAAGGCAUUUUCUCUCCCCACGCAAAAAAAAAAAAAGGUUAGGUUAGGUUAAGUUAGGGUUACGGGGUUCCAGCUUUUUUGCCAUUUUUUUAUUACGGAAAUCGAAAAUUGGUCACGCGAAACGGAUUCUGGCGUUGUCUCGCGUCGAUAUCUAUCUCCGUUCCUUAGUUAUAGGGGUGCAAAGCGUCCCUUGCUAUUUUGGGUCCGUAACUCGGAAACCGUUGACAUGGCAGGAUUGGCACCCGAGGGACAUCACAUAAAUUUGUAAAAAUAAAAAUUUCUUUUUCAGAAAUAUUAAAAUAUCAUCCAAAAUAAAUUUAGUGGAUUUGGCGGGUAUGGAAAGGAUGAAGAAGACCUUAACAAGUAAUUGUCAAAUAGUAUGUUUAUUCUGCUUCAAUUUGAAUUGGCGCCUUCUAGAAACGAUUAGUCUAGUCUUAAUUCCUGUUGUCAGAUGUCAACAGUCGUUUAGAAGAUCGCGCGAGAAGACGUGUCUCUCACCCCUGUCGUAUCGCGACCGCCAAACAGUUCGCUUGUAUCGUUAUUAGCUCGUGUCGUUCUUUUGUAGUAUAUCGCUUAUGUCGUAUAUUGCUUCUGAAAGUUAAUAAAGUACAGUCUUGCUUCUCGCGCAAAUCAUUCACGUUGAUUCCACUCAACCCAAAAACCAACAGUAAUGAAAAAAUAACAAUUAGUAAAGUUAAUAAAUAUAAUAAUUAAUAAAGUACUCUAUAUUCUUUAUGAAGAAGACCUUAACAAGUGGCCAACAAUUUAAAGAAGGGAUUUGCAUCAACCGAAGCCUGAUGGCCCUAAUAAACAUGACAAAAAGAAUCCACCAAAAAUAUAACGGCCACCGCGAAAACAAAUUAACGCAAUUUUUAAAGAAUUCCUUGGGUGGGAAUUCUUUUACAUUAAUGAUUGCCUGUGUCAGUCCUGCGGAUAAAUAUUUAUAUACUACAUUUUAUUUUAAUACAUAUUAUUUAUUAACAAUUAAUUUAUUUUAUUACACAGAUCAAAACUUAGAAGAAUCGAUAAAUACUUUAAAAUAUGCCGAAAAUGUGCAGAAAAUAAAAAAUAGACCAACCAGGCACAUAUUUAAAUCUGAAUCUACACCUGCAUCGUCCGCAUCCACGUCUACAUACGAAAACAAAAUUAAAGUUUUACAAGAAGAAAAAGGAAAAUAUUUAAAAAUCAUCUUUCACCACUCCCGGGAAAUUCAAAAUCAAUUAAAAGUCCUAGCAAAUGUAGAUGCAAAACAACAUUUAUGGGCCGAUUUUCUCGAAAUUGCUAAUAAGAACAGAACCUCAGACUAUUUGGAAAACAGUCACGAGAACAGUGCGCCAAAUAACAGCAAUGGUGAAAUGGUAUCUAGAGAUUUAUUUCAUUUUAAUAUCAAUGAUACGAAAGGCAGAAAAUUAAAAAUUGGAGUAAACAAAGAAUUUUUUGCAGCAUUAAUUCCAAGUAAUAUAUAACAUACUUUCUCAUUCUCAACAAGAAUAUCAUAUGUACAGACAAUACGCUCAUGAAGCCUUAAAUAAUGAAUUGAAUGCGCAAAUUAUAGCGCAAAGAGUUAGUCGAGAUCAAGAUAAGCUCGUAAAUAAUCAGGAAAAUCAACGACUAGGAGAGCUAAUUCAUUUUUAAUUUAAUUUGAUUUAUUUAUUUCUUCCAUCUUAAUAUUUAAUAUUUUCUGUUUUGAUCAAUUUAUUUACUUUAUCAAUGACAUCUAUUAUAUAUGAAACCAGCAAUUUAUUUAUAUAUUCAUUUAUGAAAUGAGUCACGUCAAGUGAUAUUAACUCUUAUUACCCAUAAGGGGUGUUUUUUUAAAUUUGGCAACAACAUAAAUGUAUAUUUGUGCGUAUGUGGAUGCAUGUAUGAGUGCGUGAGAGGGUGGGUGAGUGUGUAAAAUUAAAACCACAUAGUAGCCAUCCCCGAAAAAUUUGCAAAAUUUUGACACCAAUUUCGAGAAAAUCGGUCCAUAAAUAUGAAACAUAGUG